AUGAGAAAGGGCUUAUCUACCAAGGUAUGGAUCACAGGGUCUUACAUGGUCAACAAUGGUAUUGGAGAUCCUGGACAGAACAAAAAGGUUCUUGAUGCAACAAUACAUAACAACUAUGGUAUAGAUAACAACUUUCUUCCGAUGACCAGCCUCCAAGAGAAGGUCCAACUUUAUAAGAAAUCGGGAUCCCAGACCGGACUACUGAAGAGACGUUCCAAGCAAAGUAGCUCGGAUGCUAUGAAGGAUGAAAUUUUUCCUUACAGGAAGAACUUUUCUGGAAAGAUGAAGCCCAAAAAGAAGGAUGAUCUUGAACAAGUUGGUGGUUUGUUGAAUAAUUUAGUUGCUUUUUUCUCUUUAUUGACACAAAAAAACAAGAUGAGGGACUAUACAAAUCCCACGCUUCCUGUUGCAUCUUCAGCAAUAAAUGCUACUGGUCAGUUCAGUUUAGGUUUAGAUGGAAAGAAGAUUGAAUCUGAGACUAAUGUUCUUCUUGCUUCUAUUGAAAACAUGCAGUAUGCAGUCACCUUAGAUGUUGUAAACAGAUGUUCAGACAGCUAUUGUAGCCAAGGAAGCAUUGGAAGUACACUGUAUAUAUGA